UGAAUUGUAACCGACGAAACUCUCCUGAUUUGUGUUCUAGUGGCAAGACCCGAAUAAAACCCGAAAUUUUUUUUCCUUUGACCCGACCCGAAUCAAUAUUUUUUACUUUAACCCGAACCCGACCCGAGACAAUCGGAUCCGACCCGACCCGCGGGUCGACCCGACUCGUUUCGGUCUCUGUAGCUUAUCCUAAAAGUCAACUUAAAAACAAAGAUAUCUUGAGCACUUUUACUGCUUAAACACAAUGUUUUCUUUAAGAAAUUGUGUAAGGAGAAAGAAGCUCUGGUAAAAAAAUUCAAAAAAGCGCAAGUUGAUAAUAUCUAAAUCGGUUCAUUUUUCCUCGCAAUUCAAUGUCCAACCCUACCAUAAAAUUGACUCAUUUCAGACAUAAUUGCUCCUCUAGAUAAAACGAACGAAAAAGCUCAGAAUUUAACUUGAUCUCAAACAUUUUACUGACUUUUUAUCUAAUUUUAAAUUUUCUCUCAUAAUAUUCAUUUUAAAAAAUUAAAAAUGACAUAUUUUUUGUGUAACUCCAUGAGCUCUUUCGGCAUCUCUUUCCGACUUUGAGCAUAUAAAUCAUAAAUAAAUCAUUUAUGAUUUCAUCAGUCAGCAUCUACGUCCAUCUUUCUCAUACAUAUUUGAUUACUCAGAUAAACGUUCCAUUCUGCGCUGGAUUUCAAAUGAGUAAACAGCAUAGAUGAAUUAUGUCAUGCGUAUCAGUCAAAGAAUGAAUAAUAACUAGUCAAAAAUUUAGUAUAAAUAUCAAUAGCUAGUCUUCACAAUCAAUAAAAUCAUUAUUAUCAUUCCCAAGCAAUAAGAAUAAGAUAAUAACAUAUUACAGUGGAGGCUAUGGAGUUGGCGGCAUUAUUAAUCUAGAAUUUGAACACGAUCGAAUUGAUUACGGUCAAUAUGGUUAUGGCUUGUACGAAACAGACCGUGAUUAUGAACGUAAUCCAUUUACGGGGCAAAUAAGUACUGAAAAUGAUUUCAGUUUCACGCCAUUGGAUGGCGGUUAUGGUGGAGGAUAUCGUUAUUAUUAA